AUGUUACUGCUGGUCUUUUUUCUCACCAUACUUAUACCUUCGUUUUCGACUAAAGAAAUUUUCAAAUUUACCGUUGAAGAAAAAUCUCCGAUUAAUACAAUUAUUGCGGACUUAUCGACUCAAUUAUCGAUUAAGAAUGCGCUGGCAUCCUAUUCAUUAAGAGAAUUAACUUCAGCCAAUGCGAAAUUCUUCUCCAUUCACAAUCAAACUGGUCAGCUACGAACUAUUGGCAAUCUCGAUCGCGAAGAUAUGUGUUUGAAACAACAAUGUUCAUGUAGAUCGUGUGAAAUGGUUUUUCAAUUAAUUGUCACAAUCGAGCAAAUGAUUCUUUCGAAAAUAAUCGAAAUUAAAAUUGAAGAUCGAAAUGAUCAUUCACCAAGUUUCGAUAAUCGAUCAAUGAUACAUAUCAUCCAUAUAAAAGAAAAUGUUCCUCUAGGCUAUCGAAUUGUUUUACCAACUGCAAAUGAUCCCGAUGAAGGAUUAAACAGUAUACAAUCAUAUCGUCUUUAUGGAAGCAAUUCUGAUGAUUUCGAUGUGGAUUAUUCAACGAUUGAAAUUCCGUACUUGAUCGUACGUUCAUCACUUGAUCGUCAACGAAGAGCAACUUAUUCGUUAACAUUAAUUGCGUCUGACAAUGGUCAACAGCCUGGACCACGUUCGGGCUCGAUUCAACUUGAUAUUCGUAUUAUGAAUGAUUCGAUUCCGACAUUUCUUCAAACAGUUUACACUAUUGAUGUUCGGGAGGAUGUUUCCAUCGGAACGAAUUUAUUGAGAGUCGAAGCAAUUAGUGAUGAAAAUAAACCGAUCUUCUACGAACUGCCAACUGAUUCGCCAUUUAUCAUCGAUCGCUUAACAGGAAAUAUUCAAUUAAAACAAUUCCUUGAUUAUGAACGAGACAAAUCGUAUCGAUUAAUCGUGAAAGCUUAUGAAACUUCGGUACCUGUCUAUGCAAUCGUAUUCAUCCGUGUUAUUGAUGUCAAUGAUAAUCCAGUUUUAAUCCAAAUCAACGUUCAAGGCAACACAACAUUAGAGCAAACUCAAACUGAUCGAGUUAUUAUUUCAAUUCCAGAAGAUACACCCAUCGGUAACACAUUGGCACAUGUUAUUCUCAAAGAUUUCGAUUCGAUCGCCAAUGGAAAUCCAUAUUUACAAUUGACAACAACUCAACAUCCGUUGCCAUUAAUUUACAAAUUAAUCUAUCAAAAUUCGUUUCAAAAUCUUAAAUUCUACUCUCUUAUUCUUCACACGAUACUUGACCGAGAAACAAAAGCAUCCUAUAAUGAUAUUCAGUUACUCGCUCAUGAUUCGGGUACACCGACGUUGCAUACACGAUUAUCAAUUUUCUUGAACAUAACCGAUGUCAACGAUUGUACGCCACAAAUAAUGACGAAUUCGACUGUUUAUGAUGUUGACGAAAAUAAUCCGAUCGGAUUAAUCAUUGAUACACUAACCGCAUACGAUUGUGAUGUCGGCAUGAAUGCAGAAAUCGGAUAUCGUUUAUUGAAUACCACUGAUUUAUUAAUCGUUAAUUCUCAAACGGGCCAAUUGAGUUUAAAUCAGUCGAUCCAUUUUGAUACAUUCAAUCAACAGAAAAACCGUACAAGUAUUGAUCUGGUAUAUUACAUACAAGUCUUCGAUCAUGGUCAACCAUCACUGUCAAGCGAACGGAAACUCAUUCUUCGUGUUCAUGAUUUAAAUGAUCAUACACCUCAAUUCGACCCCUAUCAAUCUUAUAAUUGGACAUUUUCGAAGUCGAAUUUGCAAUCGAAUGCCGUUCUUGGUCGAGUCAUCGCUCAUGAUGACGAUUCGGGUUUACAAGGAAUUGUUCAUUAUUCAAUUCGUUCAUUUGAUUCAUGUUUAACAUUAGAUAUCACGUCAUUAGGAUAUGUUUACAUUCUUUCUCAAUCAUCAUGUUCCUAUUUAUCCUACAUCUUCGAAAUAACCGCAAGUGAUUAUGGAACGCCAAAUCCUCGUUCGACCAAACAAUUAUUAACGAUUAACAUCGAUCCAAAUCCAUUUCUAGCUCAAUCUUUACCACGACUAUUACCUCUAUUAAUGCAACGAACGCAUGUUGAUGCCAAUUCUCUCGGUAAUGUUUCGUUUAUUAUCGAUAUUACCGCUAAUCAAUCGAUUCAACCCAGCAUGUUCUUGAAUAAUACGGAUUUAUCGACAUGUUGGAGUGUUAGUUCCACUGGUGAAGUCCGUCUCAUUGCUCGACCUUAUGCACUAUCAUAUAUAUUAUCACUGAAUAUUGUUGAUGAAUACACCGGAGAAACAUUUUCAAGCAAACUACAAAUUGACAUUUGCAACAGUUCAAUCGAGAACUCGUGUCAACAAUUACUCACCUCAACGAGUCGAAAGGAAAGUCAAUUGCUAUUGUUUUGGGCUAUAUGCUUGGCGUUGAUAAUCACAUGUGUUUGUGUAUUCAUAUUCUCGAUUAUAACGUGCUUGUGUUGUCGAAAAUCACGAAAUGAGAAAGAUGAAUCGAUAACUCAGCGAAGUUUUUCGCAAAGCACCGAUGAUUUCCAUAGUGAAAAAACUUUCAAAACAUCAUCCGAAUCAACCAUGAGAGACAAUGAUCGAGAUUCUGCUUGUAUUAUUAAUACAAAAAUUUCAACCGGUAUUGUGCCAAUUCGAACGAAUUCUUGGUAUCAAAAUCGUCGGGAAUCCUCGGAUAUUCCAAUUUAUCAAACAAAAACUUGCCUUUACGAUCUGAAACUGGCGGAAUUGAUACGCCAUAACCAAAACCCGCCGUGUGUAUUCUUAAAUCCCAAACCAGCGCAAUCGAUCAGUACUGAUCAUGGAUUUGGUGGUUCUGACGUUUCCCCAUCAUUAACUUCAUGUUCAUCAACGAAAUUCGAUUAUCCAAAUGUCAAUCCAUUAGAAUGGAGUAUUGAAAUGGGUGUUGAUCAAUCCCCACCAAGACAGCUAAACAAAAGUUGUUUCAUCUCAGCUAAGGAAUGUGUUGUUUAG